AAGAGGAGAGGGAGGAGGUCAUUGGCAUUCUCCUACCGCCCAGGCUGCCGGCAUGAAAGCUGCCUAAGGAUCAGAGAAGCAGAGCACAUGAGCACUCUCUGAGCUGGGGCAGCGUGAGGAGUGAACCCAGCCCAGCUCAGGGGGAACCAGCGGGAGCAGCGGAACAGAGCUCCGCGCCAUGGCUCACCCAGAGCAGGCGACCUUUUCUGCUCUGCAGGGAUCCCUACCCACAGCCCGGGAUGCCAAGAUUUUGGAACUGCAAGCCUGCGAUGUUUUAAGAGGGAGAUGACUUGAGUGGCUGGCUUUUACUCCACAACAAUGUCCAUGAACAACUCCAAACAGCCAUUGUCUCCUGCUGCUGGUCUCCUUGCAAAUACCACUUGCCAGACGGAAAAUCGACUUUCAGUAUUUUUUUCAAUAAUCUUCAUGACAGUGGGGAUCUUAUCAAACAGCCUUGCCAUUGCUAUUCUUAUGAAGGCAUAUCAGAGAUUUAGACAAAAGUCUAAGGCAUCCUUUCUGCUUUUGGCUAGUGGGCUGGUUAUCACAGACUUCUUUGGCCAUCUCAUCAAUGGAGCAAUAGCAGUUUUUGUAUACGCCUCUGAUAAAGACUGGAUUCGCUUCGAUCAAUCAAACAUCCUAUGCAGUAUUUUUGGGAUCAGCAUGGUAUUCUCUGGCCUAUGUCCACUUUUUCUAGGCAGUGUGAUGGCCAUUGAGCGAUGUAUUGGAGUCACCAAACCAUUAUUUCAUUCUACUAAAAUUACAUCCAAACAUGUGAAAAUGAUGUUGAGUGGUGUGUGUUUGUUUGCUAUUUUCAUAGCAUUGCUGCCCAUCCUUGGGCAUCGAGAUUAUAAAAUUCAAGCAUCCAGGACCUGGUGUUUCUACAAGACAGAACACCUUAAAGACUGGGAAGAUAGCUUUUAUCUUUUACUUUUUUCUUUUCUGGGACUUUUAGCCCUAGGUGUUUCACUUUUGUGCAAUGCCAUCACAGGAAUUACACUUUUAAGAGUCAAAUUUAAAAAUCAGCAACACAGACAAGGCAGGUCUCAUCAUUUGGAAAUGGUCAUUCAACUCCUGGCCAUAAUGUGUGUCUCCUGCAUUUGCUGGAGUCCAUUUCUGGUAACAAUGGCCAACAUUGGAAUAAAUGGAAAUAAUUCUCUGGAGACAUGUGAAACAACACUUUUUGCUCUUAGAAUGGCAACGUGGAAUCAAAUCCUAGAUCCCUGGGUGUAUAUUCUUCUCCGGAAGGCUGUUUUGAAGAAUCUUUACAAGCUUGCAAGGCGUUGUUGUGGAGUGCAUGUCAUCAGUUUACAUGCUUGGGAGCUUAGUUCCAUUAAAAAAUCCUUAAAGGUUGCUGCUAUUUCUGAGUCACCAAUUACAGAGAAAGUAAACCAGCAAGCACCUAGUCUGAUAGGACAGUAAGUCAGCAUAGAUCUAAGGAUGAAUAUAAGAAAAGUUUUGGUGGAAUAUCAGUUAACUGAAUAAAUAUAUGAAGCAUAACUGGAAAAUUAAGGCAUCCAUAAAUAGUCUGUGGCACUUUUCUCAAAGUUCAGCUUUUGAUGUUUGUUUAACGGACUGUAUAAUUGCCCAGUUUCACUUGCUUUUGUCAAUUGGAGAUAAACACACUGAAAUAACUCCAUGGAAGGCAAACUGAAAACAAUUUUAGACUUAUCUAUGUUAUUUGUGUUUUUGGAAUGAUUGACUUUGUUGAAACUUAGAGCAUUUACUUGCAUAUUUACUAAAGGAUAUAUUAGUGAUACUUGCAAUGUAAAGUGAUUAUUUUAGGAUCACUGCUCAGUAGCUACUUCUCAGAGAAUAGGUUUAAUUAAAUGAAGUGUCCUUGUGAUAUUUUGUUUCUUUCUUUUCCUUUCCUCCCUCCCUCCCUCCCUUCCUUCCUUCCUUCCUUCCUUCCUUUUUUCUUUCUUUUCUUUUUUUCUACCUUUCAUGUGGUCUGCCUUUCCCCUUAGUUUCUAUCCUUACUUGAUAGUUGCAGGGUCACCUCACUUGAGAGUAACUGUAACCUCAGCUUACAUCAGAUUUGGCUCUCAGAUGACCUGAUUUGAAUCUGUUUAGAAUGAGCCCAUCCUUGUCAUAUUUGACAAAUACGAUUACUUACUUUGUUACUAUAAAGUCAAUUGUUGCUUGAAUGGUAUUUUUUGGGGGAAGCCACAGAUUGAAUACUUUUACAAUAGUCAUUUUUGCUCUGAAAAAUUGAGUGUACUGUUGCACAAUUAAUAAUUUGUAGAAGCAAAAGUUUAAUGUGAGGACAUAUAAAAGCAAGCUGGAGUAUAGGGAUUCCUUAGAAGUUCUGUUGUGGAUAAUGCAGAGAACUUAAGUUCUAGCAAGAAGUACAAAGAGUGUGGGUAAAGAUACUUAUUUUGAGCUAUAAUUUUGGUGUUAAAGAACAAAAAAACCCAUAUAUAUUACUCAAAGACUCUGCAACUAGUGAUCUUCUGUUUUUCACUUACACACACAAACACACACAC